AUGUCCCAAGGACCUUCUCGUCCUCGUCCUUUUACCACUUCACAUAAUUAUAACACAGCCAUGUCAUUAGCAGCAGCUUAUACUCGCCACACUCAGCAACAACCGUCUCAACGGCCACGUUAUUCACACAAUGUAAAUCCUAGCAGCGGUGGCUCACCAACUUUAUCUGGGAAUUGCAGCGAAUUCCCAGGGGACAAUGUCAUAAUUAGCGGCGGAUCAGAUGCGGCAAUUGUACGAAGAGGAGGACAGCAAGCUUCAGCGCAACAAGAAUCUUUAUAUUGUGAUAGUUGUCAAACAUUCCGAAACGUAAGAGCUUUCAAUGAAAGAGAUAGUAAAUAUAAUGUUUGUAAUUUUUGUCGAAGUCGGGACAUGCAAAAGAGGAAACAUCAGUUGGAAAGAUAUGAAAUGUUUGAAGAGCAACAGCAACGUACUAUAAAGCAGGCGAGAUAUCAACAACAGCAACGACAGUUACAAUAUGCAGUUCCCCCUCUUGCUUCUUCCUCUUCCUCUCCGUCUAGUAGUACCAGUCAGCAUUUUUCCCCUCAGUUACAACAACAGCAACAACCCUCUUCAACCCCUAUAACAUUGAAUAGUGGUGAAGAUAAUAGACCUCCUUUACAAACUCACGCACUGCCACCUCCGAUACAAACAUAUUCUUCAUCUACAAUUAAGAACUCGCCUCAAUUGAAGCAGGCUUCAAAUAAUGUUACCGACCUAAUGGUGCGAGGCAAUCAAGUUCUAAAAGCAAGCUCUAAUCAUUUGGUAAGUGAUGAAAUCAGUAAUAAUAUAUUUCCUGCCACUUCCAGCAUCCGGCAUUUGGAAGUGCAGCAGCAGCAACAACAGCAGCAACAGCAAAAACCACAAGUGAUGCAACCAGCUAUCUCCUUGCCUUUGCCUUCUUAUCAGAAUUCAUCUUUUCAGCAAUCACAGCAGCAAAUAAGCAUGCAACACUAUAUGUUGCCUUCUUCAUCAUCAUUAACUCAAGAAAAGCCUGAAAUUUUCAAUACACAUGAUGCUUCUCGACAAGAGCAGUCGUAUGAUGAUACAGUGCAUUUUAGUAACAGUAAACGAAGCUUACCGAUUGCCAACGAAAAUAAUGCUCAAACCUCUUUAAAUGAUCCUGUAGCGUCAAUAACUCCACCAUCGUCGGCAACGAUGUUUUCGUCUGCUGACACAUCCGUUGUAAAACACUCUCCUCAAAUACCUUCCUCUAAUUCAUCGAUCAAAUCAAAUUUUACACUAUCACCCGUGACAACAUCACCUAGUCUUGUUACUGAUACUGUUAGUCGACAACAACAGCAACAGCAAGAGCAACACACAGCUACUCUUGCUUCAGCAUCUAAUCGAUCAAUAACCUCUGCCGCUGAGCGAGCUUUGCAAGAUUUGAUCAGUUUAGAUGCUUUUGUAAACGAGUUGAAGAAGGAGACAGAUUUCGAUCGGAAACAUUAUCAUUUGGAUAUCAGUUUUCUGAUAGACAAGCUAGGUGAUGCCUUCACUCAGAUAGGCAGAGCGAUAUGUGAAAGGGUAUUGGAAGGAACGAAGUUCAACUUUAGUUUGAAAGAUCGCCGUCGCUCAACUAAAAGUCCAAAUACAUUGUCUACAUUAAGGUACUAUUGCUCGCAGCGAGUAGAUACAGCUAAACCCAGGAAAGGAGACCAUCCGAAAGCACAGUGCCGUUAUGAUUGCGGGGGUGCGUUAACCAUUAUUAUCGAUCUUUUAAAGCAAUCAGCACAUGUUACUGUAAUACAUAAGUACUCUCAUCCUCCCUUUGUAUCACAGCAUGGUCAACAAAAUCAAAAGAAAUCAGAAAAGAAGAAUCAACAAAAGCAAUUGCAGUCGUCAUCGUCAGCUCCGUCACAGCAGCAGGCACAAGUUCACCAUUGCCCUGUUCCAUCUGCUCCUGAGUCGCCUUCUUCACAACAACAAAUGGCUACCGUACACACUCAAGUACAACAGCAUCAGCAACAGCAAGCAACUCACUAUAAACAGCAGCCGCAGUACUCUCCUGCUAUGAAACCAUUGCCACAAUCUCUCCAACGGACAUAUCAUCAACAGCAAUCAGAUUAUUCUACGUCUACUUCUAGCUCUAACUCUACAACUCUUAUAGCAUACGAUUUGCAGCAGCAACAGUUCGAGUUACAACGGAAACAGCAGCAUUAUCUUCAAAAGCAAGAAGUAGAACGGGAAUUUGAACUACUGCGACAACAAGUAGCAGAUAUAGGUGAACUUCUAGCUUCUCAGCAACGGUUUGGGAAUAGGGAUUUUCUUAAAGCAGCAAAGGAUGCUUUAGUAGGUGCAAACGAAUUUUUAGAUGCUUGUAAAGCGCAUGAAUCAUCCAAUAUGACACUUCAGUUAAAUAAGUAUACCAUGCAUUAUAACAAAAGUGAAGAUGAACCUUCGUAUGUUUAA